AUGGCUCGCUCGGUAUCAUCAGUAAGCGACCACGGAAGCCAGACUGAACAGCCCAAUGAUGUCGACUCCCUGAAGUCCGAUAUUGAAAAGCAGGAUGCGCACACUAAGGACACCGAGUUCCAACCAGGUGCAAAGAUUAAACCACCAGAAGGACCUCUGGAGAGCCAAUAUGCACCCAAGACUCUCAAAUUUUGGCUGAUCAUGGCGUGCAACUUUCUUUCUCUUUUCAUCGUGGCACUCGACCGAACAAUUUUGACAACAGCCAUUCCACGGAUCACCGAUGACUUCAACAGCCUGGGAGAUAUUGGCUGGUAUGGAUCCGCCUACAUGCUAACCAGCGCCACCUCCCAGCUGGCAUUUGGCCGCAUCUACAAAUUUUAUAACAUGAAGUGGGUCUUCUUGGCAUCGAUCAUUGUCUUUGAGAUUGGAUCGGCUGUCUGUGGUGCUGCUCCUACUUCAAAUGCCUUCAUUGCGGGCCGUGCUAUUGCCGGUUUUGCCUCGGCAGGGGUAUUCUCCGGUUGUAUGCUCAUUAUCAUCCCCAUGGUCCCGUUACACAAGCGGCCGAUGUUCCAAGCUUGCUUUGGAGCUGUUUUUGCCAUUGCUUCUGUGAUGGGUCCUCUUAUCGGUGGUGCUUUCACUAGUGGUGUUACUUGGAGAUGGUGCUUCUAUAUCAACCUCCCCAUCGGAGCUGUCACCUGGGUAUUCAUGCUCCUGGUCUGGCACCCCAAGAAAGUAGUCCACGAGCCUGCUCCCGUUACAACACACGUCAAGCGUCUCGACCCCCUGGGUACAUUAUUUUUGGUACCGGCUAUUGUGUGCCUGCUCUUAGCCUUCCAGUGGGGUGGGUCCACAUACUCCUGGAGCAAUGGGCGGAUUAUUGCCCUAUUCGUUCUCUUCGGAGUCUUGUUCAUGGCAUUUAUCGCAGUUCAGCUCCUUAUGCCCAAUACAGCUACGAUUCCUGCGAGAGUGAUUACUCAAAGAAGUAUUCUGUGCUCAGCUACGUUUACCUUCUGUGCAUCCUCAUCCAUGAUGAUGAUUAUCUACUACAUCCCAAUUUGGUUCCAAACGGUCAAGCUGGUCAACCCAAUUCAUUCAGGUAUUUACACCUUACCUUUUGUGCUUGCUCUCGUUGCUGCUAGCUUCGUCUCCGGUGCCGUCACCCAAAAGAUUGGGUACUAUGUUCCGACGAUGAUGCUCAGCCCAUGUGUAAUGGCCGUGGGAUUGGGCUUGAUGUCAACAUUCCAGCUAGACACCGGUUCUCCACACUGGAUUGGAUACCAAUUCUUGUCCGGAUUUGGCUUGGGGCUUGGCAUGCAAACUUCUGGUCUGGUCGUUCAGAGAAUCCUCCCGAUGACAGACGUGUCCACCGGAAUCGCUAUCAUGUUCUUCGUUCAGCAACUUGGUGGUUGCAUCUUCACAACUGUCGGUCAGGCUAUUCUGAGCAAUAUGCUUGUCUCCGAGCUCACUGGCAUCCCGGGCAUUAACCCAAGUAUGAUUGUCAAUCAAGGCGCUACGAAGUUGGUAUCUAUUGUCACGUCGGGAGAUAUCGUCAUUGUUCAACGGGCAUAUAACAAGGCUUGCACAAGAAUCUUCCUUGCUUCCUUGGGCUUGGUAUUUGGUGCCCUCAUCAGUAGUCUCGGGGUGGAGUGGAAGAACAUCAAGAAAGGAAAGAACGGCCAAGAUGCACCAACGGGACCUGGUGCUAAUGACUCUGGUGAGUCCAAAGACAAUGAGCACAAUGUUUCGGAGGAUAAGAAGAAUGGAUCCGAAAAGACAGAGCAAAAGAGUCCCUAG